CGUGCUGUGACAGUAGCUGGGGUGAGGCCGUCGGAGCCGCACGGGCUGGUUGGGGCUGUGUCUGUGGGAGGCGCCGGGGUGAUGGCGGUGGAGACUCUGUCCCCGGACUGGGAGUUUGACCGCGUUGACGACGGCUCGCAGAAAAUUCAUGCCGAAGUCCAACUUAAGAAUUAUGGGAAAUUUCUUGAGGAGUAUACCUCUCAACUGAGAAGAAUUGAGGACGCUCUGGAUGACUCAAUUGGAGAUGUUUGGGAUUUCAAUCUUGAUCCUAUAGCAUUAAAGCUUUUGCCUUAUGAACAGUCUUCUCUUUUGGAACUCAUAAAGACUGAAAACAAGGUCUUAAACAAAGUCAUCACUGUUUAUGCUGCACUUUGUUGUGAAAUCAAGAAAUUAAAAUAUGAGGCUGAAACUAAAUUUUACAAUGGUCUCUUGUUUUAUGGAGAAGGAGCUACAGAUGCCAGCAUGGUGGAAGGUGAUUGCCAAAUUCAAAUGGGGAGAUUUAUUUCAUUCUUACAGGAACUGUCUUGUUUUGUUACAAGGUGCUAUGAAGUGGUGAUGAACGUAGUCCACCAGUUGGCUGCCCUCUAUAUCAGUAACAAGAUUGCACCCAAAAUUAUAGAGACAACUGGAGUUCAUUUUCAGACUAUGUAUGAGCACUUGGGAGAACUGCUAACAGUUUUGCUCACCCUGGAUGAAAUUAUUGAUAAUCAUAUCACACUGAAAGACCACUGGACUAUGUACAAAAGGUUACUGAAAUCUGUCCAUCACAAUCCUUCAAAAUUUGGAAUUCAGGAAGAAAAACUAAAGCCAUUUGAAAAAUUCUUGCUGAAGCUAGAAGGGCAAUUACUGGAUGGAAUGAUAUUCCAGGCCUGUAUAGAACAACAAUUUGAUUCUCUCAAUGGAGGAGUAUCUGUGUCAAAAAAUAGUACUUUUGCUGAGGAAUUUGCACACAGUAUUCGGUCAAUUUUUGCAAACGUAGAAGCCAAACUUGGAGAACCUUCUGAAAUUGAUCAGAGAGACAAGUAUGUUGGAAUCUGUGGGCUCUUUGUAUUGCACUUUCAGAUUUUUCGAACUAUUGAUAAAAAGUUUUAUAAGUCUUUAUUGGACAUUUGUAAGAAGGUACCAGCCAUCACUCUAACUGCUAAUAUUAUUUGGUUUCCUGAUAAUUUUCUCAUCCAGAAAAUACCAGCAGCUGCCAAACUUCUAGACAGAAAAAGUCUUCAAGCCAUUAAAAUACACAGGGAUACUUUUCUACAACAGAAAGCUCAAUCCCUUACCAAAGAUGUACAGUCUUACUACGUCUUUGUGAGCUCAUGGAUGAUGAAAAUGGAAUCUAUUUUAUCUAAAGAGCAGAGAAUGGAUAAAUUUGCUGAAGAUCUCACCAAUAGAUGUAAUGUUUUUAUACAGGGCUUCUUGUAUGCAUAUAGUAUUAGUACCAUUAUUAAAACUACAAUGAAUCUCUACAUGUCCAUGCAAAAGCCAAUGACCAAAACCUCAGUUAAGGCAUUGUGCAGGCUUGUUGAACUUCUCAAGGCAAUAGAGCACAUGUUCUACAGGAGAAGCAUGGUUGUGGCUGAUUCAGUUUCACAUAUAACACAGCACCUUCAACAUCAGGCUCUUCAUUCUAUUUCUGUGGCCAAGAAAAGAGUGAUUUCUGACAAAAAAUACAGCGAACAGCGUCUUGAUGUGCUCUCUGCUCUAGUUUUGGCUGAAAACACUCUAAAUGGACCAAGCACAAAGCAACGGCGACUUAUUGUUUCUUUGGCACUAAGUGUUGGCACACAAAUGAAAACAUUUAAAGAUGAAGAACUCUUUCCACUUCAAGUAGUUAUGAAAAAACUGGAUCUUAUUAGUGAACUUAGAGAACGAGUCCAAACACAAUGUGACUGUUGUUUUUUAUACUGGCAUCGAGCUGUCUUCCCUAUUUAUUUAGAUGAUGUAUAUGAAAAUGCUGUUGAUGCAGCCAGAUUACAUUACAUGUUCAGUGCUUUGCGCGACUGUGUACCUGCUAUGAUGCAUGCAAGGCAUUUAGAGUCCUAUGAGAUACUUCUGGAUUGCUAUGACAAGGAAAUUAUGGAAAUUUUAAAUGAGCAUUUGCUGGACAAAUUAUGCAAAGAAAUAGAGAAAGAUCUGCGACUUUCUGUGCAUACUCAUUUAAAGCUGGAUGACCGAAACCCUUUCAAAGUUGGCAUGAAAGACCUGGCUCUUUUUUUCUCUCUGAAUCCAAUUCGGUUUUUCAAUCGUUUCAUUGACAUUCGGGCUUACGUAACUCACUACCUAGACAAGACUUUCUACAAUCUAACAACAGUAGCCCUUCAUGACUGGGCCACUUACAGUGAGAUGAGAAACUUAGCUACUCAGCGUUAUGGACUGGUUAUGACAGAGGCACAUCUUCCCAGUCAGACUUUGGAACAGGGCCUUGAUGUUUUAGAAAUUAUGAGAAACAUCCAUAUAUUUGUGUCUCGAUACCUCUAUAAUCUCAACAAUCAGAUUUUUAUUGAACGAACAAGCAAUAACAAGCAUUUGAAUACUAUUAAUAUUCGGCAUAUUGCUAAUUCAAUUCGAACACAUGGCACGGGAAUUAUGAAUACAACCGUUAAUUUCACCUACCAGUUUUUGAAAAAGAAGUUCUAUAUAUUUAGCCAAUUUAUGUAUGAUGAACACAUCAAAUCCAGAUUGAUUAAAGAUAUUCGAUUUUUCAGGGAAAUUAAGGACCAAAAUGAUCAUAAGUAUCCUUUUGAUAGAGCAGAAAAAUUCAAUCGAGGCAUCAGAAAACUUGGAAUAACACCUGAGGGACAGAGCUACCUUGAUCAAUUCAGGCAACUCAUCAGCCAGAUUGGUAAUGCUAUGGGCUAUGUGCGAAUGAUAAGAUCUGGUGGUCUUCAUUGUAGCAGCAAUGCCAUUAGAUUUGUUCCUGAUCUUGAAGAUAUUGUAAAUUUUGAAGAACUAGUGAAAGAAGAAGGUCUUGCAGAAGAAACAUUAAAAGCAGCAAGGCAUUUGGAUUCAGUCCUCAGUGAUCACACACGAAAUUCUGCCGAAGGCACAGAAUAUUUCAAAAUGCUUGUAGAUGUUUUUGCUCCAGAAUUUCGAAGGCCAAAGAAUAUACAUCUCCGAAAUUUCUAUAUAAUUGUUCCCCCUCUGACCCUCAACUUUGUAGAGCAUUCCAUUAGUUGCAAGGAAAAAUUGAAUAAAAAAAAUAAAAUUGGAGCUGCCUUUACCGAUGAUGGCUUUGCCAUGGGUGUGGCUUACAUUUUAAAGCUUUUGGAUCAGUACCGGGAGUUUGACUCACUUCACUGGUUCCAGUCUGUUAGAGAGAAAUACCUGAAGGAGAUAAGAGCAGUUGCUAAGCAACAGAAUGUGCAGUCGGCCAGUCAAGAUGAAAAACUCUUACAAACCAUGAAUCUCACCCAGAAGCGACUGGAUGUCUAUCUACAGGAAUUUGAAUUGCUGUAUUUCUCACUGAGCAGUGCAAGAAUUUUCUUCAGAGCAGACAAGACUGCGGCUGAAGAAAACCAAGAAAAGAAAGAGAAGGAAGAAGAAACUAAAACAAGCAACGGAGACCUGUCCGACAGCACUGUGUCUGCUGAUCCUGUUGUGAAAUGAUACUGAUGGUAUUCACUGCACAUACGACGAAAUCGUCAGAAUUGUUAAAACUUUUGCCAGUGGAAUGGAUAAACUGUUGAUGAAUUGUUUCCUGGGUCACAUCUCUGGAGAAUAGAUGUUACAAUUCUUAAAGGCAGUGCUUUAAAGUGAAGUUCAUUCUGUUUCCAAAGGCUCUACUUUCAAAGGUUAAGAAUGAGAUUUUAAAAUUGGAUUUUUGCCUGGACUCGAGGGUAGAAGAUGUUUCUAUUUGAAGUGAAGUUAUAAAAGGGCAAAUCCAGGUUCAUAAACUAUCACCUCGGAUUUCUUGUAAUCUACAUGUUUGUAAUUUGUAUUUGCAUAGCUCUUUGAUCUAUAGUUAUUUCAAGUCAUGGGAAAUUCAGUGCAUAUACUAUAUACAGCCAGUAAAUACAUGCUUAACAAAAGGAAUAAGCCUGAAGUUCAUAAAGCAUACAUAUCAAUAUUCUUAUAAAAGGAAUAUAUGAAGAUGGCUUUGAUACUAGAGGUGAGGCACAGGUGUUUUAUGUACUCUUCAUGUACAGUAUAACUGAUGAUCAUUCUUUUAUUGUUAAUUUCAUGUGACUCACAAGAGCUGCUGCUGUCUUUGAUGAGACAUUUUAUAACUAGUUUACAUUGCUUUGAGAACAUUUAACCUCCAACAGCUGCUUUAAAUUUAAGAUUUACUUAAUACUCAGAAAAUUCAGAUAAAGCCAUAGAGUCCUGUUUGAAGCUUCACUUCUAUUUUGGUUGAAGGCAUGAUGUAUGAUGUCAGAAAAAAAAUUGAAUGAAUUAUUUCUACAUCCAAACUCAGGUUUCUUCUACAUUAGAUUGAAUUGAAAUUUUGGUGAUGGUUUGGGUAGACUUUUUUUUUUUAUAUCAAAUAUAAUUUAAGACAUCAGAUUAAAUAAUAAUUACACUGUUCAGGCUUUUAAAAAAAUACCACUGUGAGAAUAAAGCACUAGUAAGAUAUAUCACUUACUGAUUUUAAAAGUACAGAAAGAUUUUGAGUAAAUUUUGUGCCCAGCAAGCUGUUAGUUUUAUUUUUGUAAAGGUAUGUAAGUUAUUAAAUGGUUAAUCAUGGUCUUUUAAAAAUAAAAUAAAGUGAUACCUUUACAAUGAAGACAAAAGUUUAAAACUUUCUAAUACAAACACUAUUUUGGGAAAUGCUUGAUUUUUUUCUAUUGCAUUUGUCUGCUAAACAUUUCUUUGGAUAAAUCCUGCAAAUACUUCUAACAUUAUUCUUUUAUUCCAGCUUUUAGAAUGGGUGUACAAUGCUCUGUUUGUACUUACUGGUUAGGGUCAGGGUAACUUGCCAGCCCAAGAUAAAUACUUUAAUUGUUAAAAGUCAGAAGAGACAGAAUCUAUAGGAAAUGUUUUUUGUUUAUCAUGUAAACAUGGCUUACAGAAUUAUGAACAGUGGAUAAAGGCAUUUAAUAUUUGUAAUUCAUAAUAACUGUAGAAAUGGCCCUAAAGCAUGCUGCAUAAUUAAUAAUUUAUAUUUUCAUUAUUAUAAGUGUUUAUAUUAAUGAUCCUGCAUUUGAUUAUAUCAGAUUCGUCAUUUCAUAGCAACAGUAUUGUUUUCUCUGUUUUUCUUCUCUGACUUCUCUGAAAUCAUCUCCUAUUGAGGGAUAGAAAUUGUUAUUAGAAGAGAAUCACAUCUUCUCUGUUCAUUGUCCCUACACGUGUAAAUUAAUUAUUUUAUCAAUACUAGAUAGAGUUCACAUGCUGACUCCCUGGAUACCUACAGUUGAGAAGAAAAUGACAGACAAUUAUUUUUCCUUUAGGUCAAAAUAAUGUCACUGCUAUCUGGAUAAAUUAUAAGUUCAUAUAUUUGAAAUAAGAUCCUGGAAACAAGAGUUUAAAUGGUGUCAAACAGCAGAGCAACAGGGCUUCAGUAUAUUCACACCUAAUAUAAUAGGUUCAUAUGUACAUUUGGAUGAUGAUUUUUCUUGAUAACAUAUUAACAUUGAUUUUAUUUUUUCAGACAUACUGUAAUUUAAAAAUUAAUGUGAGCAUUUGUUUUAAGUUCACAGAAAACUUAAUAAUUCAAAUUCUCAGGAAUUAAGGACUCACCAUAACAUUGUCAGUUCUAAUGAAAUUUUGUAAAAGAUAGCAAGUUUGUUACCUCACUUGAGUGGGGUUUUCCUCUUCCCCCAAUUCUAAGAGAAUAUAAUGUGUAUACUAAAACAUUAAUAAACAUAAUUUCGAAAAUUU